AGACCUCCCCACGGUCAUCUUCUCAGCGGGGAAGAGACAGAGGCAGCGGAGACAGCGGGGAUGACAGCGGCAGUGGAGGUGCAAGCUAAGCGGGUUACACUUCCGGUUUGAGGUGGCGGCUCAAGCGGCCUGUGACUGGAGAGCUCUGCUCCGGAAGUGCUAACCCCAGGCGGGCCCAGCGGGACGCCAACUACGGUGCAGGUCAGGACCAUGGCGGCCCGGCUGGCUAGGAUCCGGUGGGGGACUGCCCCUGCCGCUGCCCGGAGGGGCCCGCUGGUCUCCUGCCGGAGGUGGGCCGGCGCCUCGUCAGACACCGUGUACGAUGUGGUGGUGUCCGGGGGAGGCCUGGUGGGCGCCGCUAUGGCUUGUGCCUUGGGAUAUGAUAUUCACUUUUGUGACAAGAAAAUCCUGUUGCUAGAAGCAGGUCCAAAGAAAGUACUGGGGAAAUUGCCAGAAACUUACAGCAACAGGGUCAGCUCCAUUUCCCCUGGCUCCGCAACCCUUCUCAGUAGUUUUGGUGCCUGGGACCACAUCUGCAACAUGAGAUACAGAGCCUUUUGGCGAAUGCAGGUGUGGGAUGCCUGCUCAGAAGCCCUGAUAAUGUUCGAUAAGGAUAAUUUAGAUGACAUGGGCUAUAUAGUGGAGAACGAUGUCAUCAUGCAUGCUCUCACUAAGCAGCUGGAGGCUGUGUCAGACCGAGUGACCGUUCUCUACAAGAGCAAAGCACUCUGCUAUACCUGGCCUUAUCCAUUUUCCAUGACAGACUCCAGCCCUUGGGUUCAUAUUACCCUAGGUGAUGGCAGCAUCCUCCAGACCAAAUUGUUGAUUGGUGCAGAUGGCCACAACUCAGGAGUACGGCAGGCCGCUGGAAUCCAAAAUGUUAGCUGGAACUAUGACCAGUCCGCUGUUGUGGCUACUCUGAAUUUAUCGGAGGCCACAGAAAACAACGUAGCUUGGCAGAGAUUUCUCCCCUCCGGGCCCAUUGCUCUGCUUCCGCUCUCAGACACUUUGAGUUCCUUGGUUUGGUCCACAUCCCAUGAACAUGCAGCGGAGCUGGUCAGCAUGGAUGAGGAAAAGUUUGUGGAUGCCGUUAACUCUGCCUUUUGGAGUGAUGCCAACCACACAGACUUCAUCGACUCGGCUGGCUCCAUGCUGCAGUAUGCGGUUGCCUUUCUGAAGCCCACUAAGAUCUCAGCUCGCCAGCUGCCCCCAAGUGUAGCCAGGGUGGAUGCCAAAAGCCGAGUACUGUUUCCUCUUGGGUUGGGACAUGCUGCAGAGUACGUCCGGCCUCGGCUGGCACUCAUUGGGGAUGCAGCCCACAGAGUCCAUCCACUUGCAGGACAAGGUGCCAACAUGGGCUUUGGGGAUAUCUCCAGCUUGCUCCAUCACCUCAGGACUGCAGCCUUCAAUGGGAAAGACUUAGGCUCCAUGAGUCACCUCACAGCUUAUGAAACAGACAGACAGCGUCACAACACUGCUCUCCUGGCUGCUACUGACCUACUAAAACGGCUGUAUUCUACCAGUGCCACCCCACUGGUGCUGCUCAGGACGUGGGGCUUGCAGGCUACAAAUGCAGUAUCUCCGCUCAAAGAACAGAUUAUGGCCUUUGCAAGCAAAUGAAUUCUCCUCUUCUGGAUCUUUUCCCAAGACCAUCACGUAUUUUCAAGAUCUAAUUUAAUAAAAUUUACAUUAGAAUUCUGCAGUCUCUUUUUCUCCUCUGCUUAAUGGACCUGUGGAGCUCAAAUAGUGAGUGAUAAUUUGCUGUGAGGAGGGCAUAUCAACCAAGCCAAGAAAAAAACCCCAAAGGAAGGCUAUGAUUUGACUGAAAAGAACUUUUUAUUACUAAACGAUUGCUAAGGUGCCGUCUCAUUCAUUCUCACUUGUUAGCAGUCCUUUCUAAAGAGAGGAUUUAUACAAUUCAAAAAGAAUGCUGGUUGUAAAUUUAUACAGUUGUUUUUUGAUAAAGAUAAGAAUCAGAAAUAGUCAAUUGAUGCAUUUUUGUUAGAAUUGCUGUUUUAAAAUUAGUAACACUAGAAUGCAAAAUAAACACAAAUUGCUUU